AUGUGUUCCGCCCCCGCCCCCGCCGAGCUCGGAUCUUUACGAUGCGUGGUGUUCAGCCUGCUAAUCGAGACCAGCCGUCUAGAGGAUACAAUCACCUUUCAUCUGAUUGAGCGCGUUCAAUUCCCCCUCAACAAGACGAUCUACGUCCCCGGCGGCGUCAAGAUCCCCGACAGCGAGCUCAGUCUCCUGGACUACUUCCUCCGAGAGCAAGAGCGUCUGCAAUCGCGCAUGCGUCGUUUCCAAUCUCCUGACGAGUACCCAUUUUUCCCGGAUGCCUUGGAGGACCCCAUCCUUCAGCCGCUCGAGUACCCCCGCAUUCUGCACGAGAAUGAUGUCUGCGUGAACGAUGUGAUCAAGCAGCGCUACAUCGAGGAGGUUCUGCCAGCGGUUUGUCCCAAGUUCGGACGGGAAGACCGUGGCGAAACUCAGGAGAACUAUGGAUCCGCAGCGACCUGUGACGUUGCUUGCUUGCAGGCGCUGUCGCGUCGCAUCCAUUUCGGCAAGUUUGUUGCCGAGUCCAAGUUCCAGAAGGACCCCGAGACUUUUGUUCGCCUGAUUAAGGCGGAAGAUCGGGCUGGCAUCGACGCGGCUAUUACCAACGCCGCCGUUGAGCUGAAGGUCCUUGAGCGCUUGGGUCUCAAGGCUAAGACAUACGGUACCGAUCCUGCUUUCCCUGAUGAAAAGGGACAGAAGAUCAACAGCGAUGCUGUUGUUGCUAUCUACAAGGAAUGUGUCAUCCCCUUGACCAAGAUUGUGGAGGUAGAGUACCUCAUGCAGCGUCUCAAGGGAACACAAUGGGAGUAA